AUGGUUGCGGCGGCGGCGGCGACCCUCGGCUCCUCCUUCUCGCACUUGCCGGUAGGGAGGCGGCAACGGCGGCAGCCGAGCUACAGCGGAGCGGCGGGCCAAACACUGCGCAUGCGCCUCACGAAUCCCUCGCGCGACCUAGCGGCCCCGCGCCGGCGCAGAACCGGACAGGGGUGGGCUGCAAGCGCGAAGGCGCGCAGGUGGAGCGGUCUCCGUGCGCGCGGAGGGCCUGAGACCAGAAAGGCGGGAGUCCCGGCGGAGCGUCGCGUUAGGAAUGACGCGCACGCGCAGGCUCCGCCCCUUCGUCUAUACGCGUCCGUAGCUAUGGAAACGACCACGCGGGGCAGGAGGGCGCGCGCAGGCCUGGAGCGGCGCGCCUCAGUGGCCAAGGAAGGGAAAGAGAGGAGGGUGCGAGUGCAGGCUAAGCUCGAUCUGGGCAUAGUGUGCCUGGGUAGAGGCGUGUCCAGGAGUCCGGGGCUCCCCGUGGGAGGGGCGGCGGGCGGGGGCUUCGGCCUGUGUGCACUGCAGCACGUGCCCCAGGCGGCGGGGACGGGCACGGGCGCAGCUCGGAGGCUUCGAGCUGCUGCCGACUCGGAGGAUGACAGCAGCGAGGAGGAGCACUCGCACGACAGCAUGAUCCGUGUUGGAACCAAUUACCAAGCAGUAAUUCCGGAGUGCAAGCCUGAGAGCCCAGCGCGCUAUAGCAACAAGGAGUUGAAGGGGAUGCUGGUGUGGUCACCCAACCACUGUGUAUCAGAUGCCAAACUGGACAAGUACAUUGCCAUGGCCAAGGAGAAGCAUGGCUACAACAUUGAGCAGGCACUCGGCAUGCUUCUGUGGCAUAAACAUGAUGUGGAAAAAUCUCUGGCUGAUCUAGCCAACUUCACCCCCUUCCCUGAUGAGUGGACAGUGGAGGACAAGGUGCUGUUUGAACAGGCCUUUGGUUUCCAUGGCAAGUGCUUCCAGCGGAUCCAGCAGAUGCUACCUGACAAGCUGAUUCCCAGCCUGGUGAAGUAUUACUACUCUUGGAAGAAGACCCGGAGUCGAACUAGUGUGAUGGACAGGCAGGCCAGGCGGCUGGUUUUGGUUGGCAGUGAUGAGCUUGAAGAGGGACGAGGAGCUGUGAGUGAGGGAGAGCCAGACACUGGAGACCCCAAGCGAGAGCCUCUGCCAGCUCGACCUCUGAAUGCACGGCCUGGUCCUGGGAAGAAGGAGAUUCAGGUGUCUCAGUACCGCCAUCACCCACUACGAACUCGGAGACGUCCGCCCAAGGGCAUGUACCUGAGUCCUGAAGGCCUCACUGCAGUAUCAGGAAGCCCAGACCUUGCUAACCUCACACUCCGAGGUCUUGACUCACAGCUCAUCUCUCUUAAGCGCCAGGUUCAGAGCAUGAAGCAGACCAAUAGCAGCCUCCGCCAAGCACUAGAGGGUGGCAUUGACCCUCUCCGUCCCCCUGAGGCCAAUACUAAGUUCAACUCCCGCUGGACCACAGAUGAGCAACUUCUGGCUGUACAAGCUAUUCGUAGAUAUGGCAAAGACUUUGGGGCUAUUGCAGAGGUGAUUGGGAACAAGACUCUGACCCAAGUGAAGACCUUCUUUGUGAGCUACCGUCGCCGCUUCAAUCUGGAGGAGGUGCUGCAGGAAUGGGAAGCUGAGCAGGAUGGGGCCCCUGCAGCUCCAGUCCCCAUGGAAGAGGCCAGGCGAGGGGCCCCCGUGCCAGCCCCAACCUUAGAAGAAGAUGAUGAGGUGCAGAUUACAUCUGUCUCAACAUCAGUA